AUGUCAGAUGGCUCGACCGCCAAAGUCGCAGAAUAUCCUGCAGGCGAAGUGGUCGGUAGAAGAGAGCAAGAACCAUGCGCAUGGAUGUCCACUUGCUCCGAAGCUGGUAUCGCCUGGGUUUGUGAAGCGAUAGGAAGCCGGGCGUUUGCCAAAAUUGCAGAACGCUUUAAGAGAAGCAUGCAUCACCGUUUGUCAACCAGUACGGAUCUAAUGCUGACAUCGAGAGGAAUUGAACCAACAGAAACAAUUGCUUGGGAGUACGUCAAUGCCUUCUUUGACAACUGUUGGGAAGCCCGCAUAGGCCUUAUUCAUCGGUCAGACUUCGAAGCUCAGCUUCAGGCUCAUUUCCAUAACGAGACCUAUUCAAGAAACGACUAUCCCAUGAUUGCUCUACGAAACGUUGUUUUCGCGGCAGGGUACCGAAGUAUACUGGCCAAUACUCCGUCGGUCUCAUUCUCGACUGCCCAGACAAAGCCAUGGCAAUGCUAUUUCAAGAACGCAUUAUCUGUGCUGACCAAGCUCUUGUUAUCGCCCCCGAAAUUGAUGACAGUUCAAGCUCUGGCCCUGAUGGCUUGUUACGUCGAGGGACUAGGCAGCCCAGGGUUUCAGCGUGUACUCUGCUACAAUGCUGUUCAUGCUGCUGUCACGCAAGGCUUACACCGAGAGUCGGACUAUCUGACAGAGACUUCCUCCGACGACAGCCUCAAAAAGGCCUGGCUGUGGUGGGCACUCUAUGCUCAAGAGAAGCACAUCUCCCUCACCAGCGGAAGAGCAUCUAUGAUCGACGACCAUAUCAGGAGUACAAGAGUACCGUCAAGGGUGCCUGUUGACAGCAACAUGGACCUGGAAUGCCUGAGUCUCCAAAUAAGACACGCCGAAAUUAGCUCGAGGAUUUCUCGAGAGAUAAUGUCGACGAAAGCAACCAGAUCAUCUACGGACGAGUUGCUGAGAACAGUGAAAGACCUCGGCCAACAACUCAAGGAUCUCGUCGAUGAGAUUCCACCGGGUCUCCAGAUCGGCACGCUUGCCAAACCGUCUGAGGAGGCGCAUCUUAUAUCUCGCCGCAUUCAAGCCUUACAAUUACACUUCUCCAUCUACGGCAGUUUGCUCGCGGUUCAUUGUCAGUUUUUCUUUCCCUGGAUAACUUCCAGAUUUCUGAACGAAGGCGCUGAGACUUCGUUCCUGGAGCCACAGAUCGCCUUGUCUUCAAGCACUGUGGCCGAAGCAGCCCGUAAGAUAUUACUGGCUGUUCGAACGGUAACAACAAAUGUGACUACUCCAACAUGGCUGGCUUUCUUCUAUCCGAUCUACGCACAUAUGAGCCUCUUUAUCUAUAUAUUGAAGUAUCCUACACUGUCCACCGUUAGCUCUGACCUCGGUCUGCUCGACGUCUGUGCCGGACACUUUGGACACAUUGAAUUUAUCACCUCUUCAGAAAUAUCCGUCUCGUUACCGAGAGAUUCAGUCAACCUCGCCGCGAAAGUGGUCAAAGCUGCAAAGAAAAGAGAGCGGCAGGCAAGUGGGUCGAAACCUGAGCAUCCCCAAUGUAUGGGGAGCCUUGAGACCCAAGAUCAAGCAUUGGGCGACCAUAACCCUAGCUGUCCACGUUUCCACGGGAUCUCUCCAACUUUCGGGCAUACGGAGAACUUCACUGGGAUUGAAACAGGAGGCUGGAACUUAUUCCCGUUCUUCGAUACGAUCAGUGGGAAUGACUUCAAUUUUGAUCACUUCGAGGCAUAG